UUUAUUCAGGUUCCUGUCUGCUUGCGCGUUAGCCUGUGGGGGUUUCGGUGGCCAUCGAGCUCAAUGUCUCGUAGUACUGGAUACAAAAUUCAAUGCAUUGUAGCUACAGGCGCUAAAGUCAUGCCAAACCAUUUUGAAUGAUCUAGGACAAGCGGGUAUUGCAAUGUGCUUAUUUAAAUUGUAGGUAUUCUAUGAGGCGACGCAUUUACGGAUACAUCCACGGAACUGAGGCGACUGGCGAAGGAGAGAGGCCUACGGUACAGGACUGACCAAGACAGGACGUGGAUAUUCGAGGUAACAGGCCUGCGGGACAUGUGCGAUUCUGGAGCCGCCUAGAGGGAGUGGACCAGGACCGAGGAUCUAGGGCUACAUCUACAUCCACGCCAUUCUUCACACACCUCCUCUUUCUCCUCUUUCUCUCUUUUUUUCCCCCUUUUCCUUUUUUCACUUAAUCGACACCCAUCCACACCAUAGUCAUAGCGUCUCGUUGAGCACUCGUUUCACUCACAUUCACACACACACACACACACAACAAACCCCCACAUAUUACCCAUUUUCUCUUAGUGUGGUACCACUGAACCGGCAAAAUAAGUUUCCCAGUGCCCCCCCACUUGUCCCACCGCAGCCAGUCGUCCAGCCACUUUCCACUGGAUCCGCACGGCAAACGGGCCCACUCAACCCCAAAGCUGAAUCCAUACAGUCGAGCCAGGAUGACGGAGGCGUGGCAGCAGCACGCUGUGGCCCCCCCGCCCCCGGUGGUGCACACCAUCCCGCCGGGGGCCGAGAGCUCCCUUGGCUGCGCCGUGUACGGCAUAGUGCUGCAGCCGGACCCUGCCCUGCAGCAGCAGCAGCAAACGCAGCAACAACAACAGCAACAACAGCAAGCUCAGGCCCAGCAGCAGCAAACACAGCAAUCGCAGCCGCACCACGGGCAGCAGCACGGCCAGCAGCAGCAUCCGGCGCAGGCGCAGCAGCCCUCCCUGCAGGUAGGGGGCGAGGGCGGGCACAAGUGCGGCGCUUGCGGCCACGACAUCUCCCACCUGGCUAACCCGCACGAGCACCAGUGCAUGGUGAGCCAAGACCGCUCCUUCCAGUGCACCCAGUGCCUGAAGAUCUUCCACCAGGCCACCGACCUGCUGGAGCACCAGUGCGUGCAGGUGGAGCAGAAGCCGUUUGUGUGCGGCGUGUGCAAGAUGGGCUUCUCCCUGCUCACCUCCCUGGCGCAGCACCACAACGCCCACAACAGCACCAACCCCAUGAAGUGCUCCAUCUGCGAGAAGACCUAUCGGCCCGGCUCCUCCGGCAGUGCCACCCCGACGUCCAGCUCCAACCCCCAGCAGCCCAACUCCGACGCGGCCACCGCCAGCGGCAGCGCCGCCGUGGGCACCUCCUCCCAGCCCACCUUCCAGCCCUCCGUGCCAGACCGGCCCUACAAGUGUUCCGUCUGCUCCAAGGGCUUCCGCCACCUGUCGGAGCUGACGCGCCACGAGCGUGUGCACACUGGGGAGAAGCCGUUCAAGUGCGAGACGUGCGACAAGAGCUUCAGCCAGAUGUCGCACCUGCAGCACCACCACCGCACCCACAGCUCGGAGCGGCCGUACAAGUGCGCCGUGUGCGAGAAGACCUUCAAGCACCGCUCCCACCUGGUGCGCCACAUGUACGCCCACUCGGGUGAGCACCUGUUCAAGUGCAACCUGUGCGAGCUGCACUUCAAGGAGUCGUCCGAGCUGCUCCACCACACAUGCCAGCCCCAAGGUGCACGACCAUUCCGCUGCGCAACGUGCGGGAAGGGCUUCAAGCGGCCGUCGGACCUUCGCCAGCACGAGCGCACGCACUCGGAGGAGCGACCUUACCACUGCGAGGACUGUCAGAUGAGCUUUAAGCAGCAGUACGCGUUGGUGCGCCAUCGUCGCACGCACACCGCCUCCGCCGACCGCCCCUUCAAAUGCAACCUCUGUGACAAGGGAUUCCUGCAGCCCUCCCACCUCCUGUACCACCAGCACGUCCACGGCAUGGACAACCUCUUCAAAUGCGCCUCCUGCGGCAAGGGCUUCAGUCAGUCGGGCGAGUUGCUCCGCCACAAGUGCGGCGAGCCGUCCACCAGCCCCAACUCUGACAAGCCGUACAAAUGUGACGUGUGUGGGAAGGGCUACAAAAAGGCGGCGACGCUGCAGCGCCACCAGAACGCGCACUGUGCUGAGAAGCCUCUGAAGUGUUCGCUGUGUGACCGCAGAUUUCUCUCCUCCUCCGAGUUCGUGCAGCACCGCUGCGAUCCGUCCCGCGAGAAGCCGCUGAAGUGUCCUGACUGCGAAAAGCGCUUCAAGUACACCUCGGAGCUGGCUCGACACAGGCGUGUACACACGGGUGAGAAACCAUACAAGUGCUCCAGCUGCGAUAAGAGUUUCAAGCAGCGGGAGCACCUAACUAAGCAUCAAGUUGUUCACGCCCGUGACGCCCAGUUUAAAUGUGUGUGGUGCGGAGAGCGCUUCGGUGACCUUGGGGCCUUGCAGGAGCACACGGUUCAGCACACCGCCGAAGGGGGCGGAUACCCCGUGCCGUCUCUCAUCCAGUAAGGUGAGGUGCGGAAGAUCAUGACGAUGACGAUGACCAAUGUCAAGCCAGGCCCAGACCCCUCAAGACUCCUCCAGCUCCUGCCUCCUCUCUCCUCUGAUGGGCAUCGUCAUGGCUGGCAUGGAAAAAGAUAUUCCAACUUAAAUGGAGGAUGAAGGCUCCCUCCGAAGAUCCCAAAAUGUCCUAUUGAGUAACUGAACCUCCACACCAGUGUCUCUCUUCCAUCAGAUAUUAGGAAGCUACCUGUUCAUCAAGCAUCCAUUGCGUGUGAGUUUUUUUUGUGUGUGAACGAGGGGUUUUUUUUUUUUGUGGAGAAUUUUUUUCUUUUGUGGAUGGUGCCACAAAAUGACCUCGUAGUGAACUCUAGGCCUGUGUAGGCUUUAAUUCUAAUGUACUCUCUUCCCUUCAGCAGUACACACAUACACACACACCGAAACGCACACACUUAUACAGUACACAUACACCUGCGCCCAGUAAUGCUCAACUACACUCACUUUCCUGGCCGUUAUUCUAAUGCACAAUCAUUCGCUUCGAUCAUGUGUAUUUAAAUACACACACACAGACUUGCGUAAACACACGGGACAUUGUUACACAAUAGCACAUACACACAAGCUUUCUUCAAGCCACAUCGCGAUGAAGAGAUGUGUUGUUCAAACUGUCUCCGUUUUGAAGGAACAAGAAUGAGGAACAGCUCCACUUUGGGCUCCAGCGAAACGGUUUUGCGGUGGGUGGGGGAAUCUGGUCCCUAUUUAAGCAUACAGAGCAACCUGAACACACACCUUACCAUAGCCCUCCCUUAUAAACACACUCGCACACAUGCACACAACUCUCUACUCCACACUUUACAUCCGGCCAUACGUGGUCCACAGGUCUAACCUGCCUCACUCUCACUCACCUACUCAACUCACACGUCUUUGUCUAUCCAGCUGUUACUGACCUGUUCCUCUUUGUCUAUCUGUAUGACUGACUGUCUGUCUGUCUGUCUGUCCGUGUGAGUUGGUGAGUGUGUGUUGUGCUUGUCAGUGUGUGUAUUUCUAUCCCCAUCUGUGUUAAGUGCUUGUGUGUGCGUGCGGUGUGUGUUAAGUGUGUGUGUGGUUGACUUAGCCUACAUGUCUACUAUCCACAUUAGACUGCCUCUGAUAAUGAUAACAGUAUUGGGUAUUUAGCUGUCCUCAAGCUGAGGAAACCCAGAGCACCACUGUAAGUGAACGCAUACUGUAUAAUUAUUAUUCCUCUGUGUGAAUGUGUGUGCGUGUGCAUGUCUGAAUGUGCAAACGAGUGUUAGUGUGCACAUGUGCGUAUGUACAUGUGCAAAUUUAUCCAGAUUGCAGUUACUUGUUCCACAUACAACCCCAAUAGUUAGUGUGAAAAUAUUUUAUAUACAUUUUUUUUGUUUUUGCUUAUUGCUCAUUUUAUAUAUAAAAACAAACAAAAAAGAAAGAAAGAGAAAGAAGCUUGAGGUGGAACACAGAUGUUUUGCUGUCUCUAACCAGUACGCGUUUUAGUGAGCGUGUCAAGUCUGUCUGUGCCCCUGUGUCCAUGGCAGCCCCUGUCGUCCAUACCGAACGGUGCUGCGCCAGAGCCAGAUCCGCGCCAGAUCUGGUCUCGUCCCCUCACCGGGCAUCCCAACCACAACCACCACCACCACCUCCACGGCGACCUGUGGGUGCCUGUACUGUACAUCAUCCAGAGCCCUCCAAAAGGGGACCGUGAAUGGAUCGGGAACAACCUCUCUCCUCUCCCCGUCCCCACAUUUCACUGCUAUAUUACAUACAUACAUAUAUUAGAAGUUAUAUUGAAAUAUAUAUUUCACUCUUCAUAUUUCCCACACACACAAAACACACUCUCAAAUACACAAAUCAGUCCUGAACAAGAAUUUCCUCUUUUCUCUAUUACUGUAUGUAUAUAGAUAGUAUGUAUGCUGACUGUUUUACCGGUUCUGUCAUAGAAAGGAGAAAAAAAAGAUUGCAUUGUCUUUCUUAACUGCAUCAUCUAUUUUAUAUGUAACUACUUUUUAUUAUGUGACUUUUGGAUUCAUAUUAUUUUGUUCUCUCUCUCCUGUAGUGGUAGUUUUGAUUGUGAUGGUGUGUUUUAAGUGUAAAGGAAGUGACUUUUAUUUUGUUUUGUGUGUAUCAUGGGCUCUGCUCCUUCACCAGUUAGUCUUUCCACACCUGUGAGGCACGUGAAUUGAACUUUUAUUUUGUUUUUAUUCAUUCUUUAAUUUUUGUGGUGUGGUUCAUUUUAUUUUUUUUAAAGAUAUACAAUUGCCUUUUUUUAAUUUUGGCCUCUGGCUUCACUCCUAUAUUGGGGUUUACCUAUGUGUCUCGUCUGUAAGACUUAUUAGUUUGCUGAUUCCCUUGAUCCAUCACAUCCUCAUUGAUCUUAUAAAUUUGGCAUUGUUAUCUGGCCUUCAUUAUUGACACAAUUAAAACUUCACUUUGUGGACGAGGCUCUUGUUUGACACAUCAAUGUAGGAGUUGAAGCAGCUUCUCACUUAAAAAUUGUGUUCAUUUAAUCAUUAGUUGAAAAAGCAUACGACUUUGUGCUGUGAAGUUUAGCACACGUAUGACCCACCGUGGCGUAUCGCAUUGCACACUGAAGUGUUCUAAGUUUGUUCAUGUUCCAUGGGAGACCUGCCGACUAGUAGAAAUUAGUUUCACGGUUUCAGAGAUUAUGUCGGGUGCUGUUUUGUGAAAGACAUAGUAUAUGUUUUAAAAAUAAAUAAUUUUGCUGACUUUGCCAAAUGAAUGGCUUCAAAAGUAUCUGAAGGGAAGCCGGUUGAUAUUACAGAGCUAAAAAGUUAUGUCUUGUAGUUUAAAACCAACACCAGAUAGAUCCAGGAUCCUGGUGAAGUCAGAAUAUUGUCGUAGAAAUGUCUGUUAACCGAGGGGCCCUAUCAGCACAACAAAUUUUUCCGACCUGAUAAAGCUUUAGUGUAUAUGUGACUGCGAUAAGGGAUAUUUCCUGUCAGAAGUCAAUGUAAGGCCCCUGCAUUUGACUCCUGUCACCAUCCGUUUAUUUUUUAUUUUUGAAACCUUUAUUUUGUUUAUUAUUGAGUAAUGGUGGAGCUGAAGGUUGCACAGUAUUAGCAGAGGCCAUGGAUCCCCCUUGCAGUCAAUCUGUUGUGGUAACAAGGCCCCCACUCCCAUUGCAUCCCAUGCUGUUCAUGCUUAACUGAACAGUCGUCAAGAUCAUUUCUGGAGGAUCUCGUUGCACACUCGUUGUUGCACGUUGCCAUUAACUCCUAAAUGUUGAAUACACCUUUGCAGGAUGCCGUAGCUCCAUUCACUCACCUGAAUGUGAAGUACGGUGUUCAGGCCAGCUCAACUACAUCAUGCUGUUUUAGCAACGGCUGUGUUCAUGCGAUGCUGUCUGCAUCGGCAGCUGUAUUUGCUACGCUAUCGUCUGCAGUAGGGUCAGCUCUCUCCAGUCCCAACGCUGUUUGCCGUGUGGUCAUCCUCUGCAACUCUGGCCUUACACGCGGUGUCAGUUUGAAUUCUGAACCCAAUUUACUCUCCCCGUUAUUUUCUUUUCUUUUUUUGUUCACUUAAUUUGAAUGUUUUUUUUUCCCCCCCGUUCUCUUCAUAAUCCCAUAUAUAUAUAUAUUGUGUGUGUGUCAUGCCCAUUUCUGAGUAUAAAGUUUUUUAAUUUUCUUUUUUUUUAUUAUUAUUACUGAGAUCUCCAGGCAUUAAGACAAGGUUGACAUCAAGUGGGAUUUAAAAGAAACUAUGUAUGUCAAGUGUUUUUAUGUUCUCAAGUUUGCAUUGUAUAUUAAUUUUUUUUAUUAAUAUUGUUUAAGAUCUAUAUAUAAAUAUCUAUAUUCUGGGUUGGAGUGGUCAGGGGUUAGGAGAAGAGGAAGGUGACUUGGUGUCAUUGGCAGGCGGCUGACCUUUGACCUAGGGAAGAAUUCGUGUGUGACUCCUCCCAUCUUAGCCUCCGUAAGCUCCACCCUGUGCAUGCCUGCUGUGUUAGUUCCUGUAGUCUUUCUUGGUAUUUGCGCCUUUUGGUGCGCUUACCUUUCUCUUUAACUUUUUUCAAUUGUAGAUUGUGGACGAGCUAGUUAAAUUACAUCAUGUGGCAAUGGAUGUGUACAUUCAUGCUCAAAUAUCUGUAUGUAGCAUUUAAUAUACACAGCACUAACAAAUAAACCUUUUCAUUAAUAACAUGA